GUGAUUGAGGAAGGCAAAAGCAGCAGUUGAUGAGAUCAAUGCUCAAGUGCCUUUUGAAACCCUCUCAGGAAAUUGUGCCCACUGUCUUCUAAUACCACUCUUUAACAAACUGUGCAUCACCCUUACAAACACACAGACUGAAGAUGUCUGCUGCUAUCUUCAAUUCUCCGGUUGCUGCAUCUGGUUACGUUGGCUUAGCAACCAACCCUUCAAAAAUUUUCCCAGCUAAAGACUCUAUCGGAUGGACCAAGAAAACCGUCUCCAAUGGUUCAAGAACUUGCUGCAUGAAGACGUGGAACCCGAUCAACAACAAGAAAUUUGAGACUCUGUCUUACCUCCCACCACUCUCUGAUGAUUCAAUUGCAAAGGAGAUUGACUACAUGCUCAAGAAGGGAUGGAUCCCUUGCCUUGAAUUUGAUGAGGUGGGUUAUGUUCAUAGGGAGAAUAGCAGGAUGCCAGGGUACUAUGAUGGAAGAUACUGGACAUUGUGGAAGCUACCCAUGUUUGGUUGUACCGACCCUUCUCUGGUGCUCAAUGAAAUCCAAGAGUGCAAAAAAACGUACCCAAAUGCUUAUAUACGCUGUUUAGCAUUUGACAACCAGAACCAGGGUCAGUGCAUGUCCUUUAUCAUUCAGAAGCCAACCAUCGCGGCCACCAACAGUGCUUGAAGGCAAAAUACAGUCUUCUUUCCAAGAACUCAGUUUUCACAUUCUCGCAGUUUUCUUCUUUUUCCUGUGGUAUGUAUGCAAAAGAAUGGUUUAUAGUUGUAGUCCCCUGUUUUGGGAAGUAUAAUAAGAAGGUUGGUUAUAAUAAACGCCUUUGUUUCUGUAGUGAA